AUGACAAUGUGGUUGCAUACCAUGAAGAGGCCAGACACAGAAACCAGCCAAAGUCCUCAGUACAGCUUUGAAUCCUUACCCCAGAAGAUUUGCCUCAUCUGCGGUGAUGAGGCGUCUGGUUGCCACUACGGAGUACUUACCUGUGGAAGUUGUAAAGUCUUCUUUAAAAGGGCAAUGGAAGGACAGCACAACUACUUAUGUGCUGGAAGAAAUGACUGUAUAGUUGAUAAAAUUCGUAGGAAGAACUGUCCAGCAUGUCGCUUGAGGAAGUGCUGUCAAGCUGGUAUGGUCCUGGGAGGACGAAAAUUUAAAAAGUUUAACAAAAUUAAGGUUGUGAGAACAUUAGAUGUCGCACUCCAGCAGCCAGCAGCCCUUCAGGAUGAAAGCCAGUCUCUAACCCAGAGGCCAUCCUUUUCUCCAAAUCAAGAAAUACAGUUUGUUCCCCCAAUGAUGAGUGUUUUACGAGGUAUAGAGCCAGAAGUUGUCUAUGCCGGUUAUGACAAUACGAAGCCUGAAACACCAAGUUCCUUGCUGACCAGUCUAAAUCAUCUUUGUGAGAGGCAACUUCUUUGUGUGGUCAAGUGGUCUAAACUGCUACCAGGGUUUCGGAAUUUGCAUAUUGAUGAUCAGAUAACCCUCAUCCAGUAUUCCUGGAUGAGUCUAAUGGUCUUUGCAAUGGGAUGGAGAUCAUACAAACAUGUCAGUGGUCAGAUGUUAUAUUUUGCACCAGAUUUGAUACUAAAUGAACAGAGGAUGAAAGAAUCAUCGUUCUAUUCACUGUGUCUAUCCAUGUGGCAGCUUCCACAGGAAUUUGUCAGACUUCAAGUCAGCCAAGAAGAGUUCUUGUGUAUGAAGGCACUUUUACUUCUCAAUACAAUUCCUUUGGAAGGUCUAAGAAGUCAAAGCCAAUUUGAUGAGAUGCGAACGAGCUACAUUAGAGAACUGGUGAAGGCAAUUGGUUUGCGCCAGAAAGGCGUCGUGGCCAACUCGCAGCGCUUUUAUCAGCUCACGAAACUGAUGGAUUCCAUGCACGAUCUAGUGAAACAGCUCCAUCUCUUCUGCCUGAACACCUUUCUCCAGUCCCGGGCACUAAGCGUUGAAUUCCCCGAGAUGAUGUCGGAGGUGAUCGCUGCCCAGCUGCCCAAGAUUCUGGCAGGGAUGGUGAAACCUCUUCUCUUUCACAAAAAGUGAAAUGUCUUUUCUCUUAUCAUAGAGAUGAUUUCUGGGUCAUGGUUUUGUUUGUUUAUUUUGGUCAAGAUUUUGCAAUGCCAGGACUUCGGUAUAUUUGUCAUACGUACCCUACCUGUUGCUUUAUACUUGUAACAUACACAACCAUGUAAGUUUGAUGUACAUAUUGUGAGUUCUUGAUUCCUUUUACUGCAAAAAUCACGACAGUCAUAAGAAAUGUUUUGUAAAC